GUUGCCACAUCACCAAGCAAAACUUAAAAGCACAUGACAUAGACAUCGAACAGCAAAGCUUUAUGCAAGCGUAUUCCACCGCGCAUGCGCAGUAAGUAGCGACGCGCACUAAAAAACUGCCAAAAACGUAAGUGAAUUGAUCACCGCGGAGCAGAAGAGUUUCGUGUCCACCGCAAACACAUCGCAGCAAUGAGCGGCAGUAAAGUGGCUCUGGUCACUGGCGGGAAUAAAGGCAUCGGGUUCGCAAUCGUGCGGGCAAUGUGCAAGGAUUUCUCCGGAGACGUGUAUCUGACGGCUCGGGAUGUCGGUCGAGGAACUGCUGCUGUGGACAGUCUGAGGAAGGAGGGGCUGGCACCGAUCUUUCACCGGCUGGACAUCAACGACCCCGACAGCGUCCGCUCCGCGCGGGACUUCUUCACAGAGAAGUACGGCGGCCUCGACGUGCUCGUCAACAACGCUGGCAUCGCCUUCAAGACGGCGGACACGACCCCCUUUGGCGUCCAAGCAGAUGUGACGCUGAAGACUAAUUUCUUUGCUACUAGAGAUAUGUGCAACGUCUUCCUCCCCAUUAUCAAACCAGGAGGUCGGAUGGUGAAUGUCUCUAGUAUAAUGAGCUCGGUGGCUUUAAGCCGCUGCAGUCCAGAGCUCCAGGCCCGCUUCCGAAGCGAUGACAUUACAGAAGAAGAGCUGGUUGGACUGAUGGAGCGAUUCGUCCGUGACGCUCAGGAAGGGGUUCAUGCAGAGCGAGGUUGGCCUAAUACUGCAUAUGGGGUCUCUAAAACUGGCCUUACCACCCUAACCAGAAUCCAGGCCCGGAACCUGACGAAAGAGAGGCCUGGAGAUGAGAUACUAUGCAAUGCCUGCUGUCCAGGAUGGGUCAGGACUGACAUGGCUGGACCAAAUGCAACCAAAUCACCAGACGAGGGCGCCGUCACGCCAGUGUACUUGGCGUUGCUGCCUGCUGGGGCUAAAGAGCCCCACGGGCAGUUCGUUUCAGAGAAGAAAGUCCAGCCGUGGUGAGAGUGAUACACCCAACAAGAUUUAGACGAGGUUUAGUUUUGGGUUGAAUUCAGACUGAGCCCUUGACAGAAAACUUUACAGUGGGUUGCUAAAAGUUGGGUAUCUUGUACUUUAUUUUCAUAAUUAUUUCACAGAAAGCUUUAAAAUGGUAUAUAUGUUUUGGUGAAUAUACAAACUAAAUAACAACCAAAAACGAUGUGGUCUUAAAGGAGUAGUUCACAAAAAAAUGGACUUGUAGAAAAUUGAUUUAACCCGAGGUCGUCCAGGUUUUAGAGGAGCUUGUUUCUUCAUGGGAACAGAAAUGUAGCAGCGCUGCACUUGCUCGGCCUCUGCAGUGAAUGGGUGCCGUCGUGAUGUGAGUCGCAGUUACAAACCUAGCUUUUCGAGAUGUUAAUCGACGGACGUAUUACUUGAGGGUUAUUGUGAUGUUUUUAUCAGCUGUUUGGACUCUGACGGCACCCAUCCACUGCAAAGGAACCACUGGCGAGCAACUUCCUUCAAAUCUGUUCUGAUGAAAAACAAAUUCAUCUACAUUUUGCAAAUAUUCAUAAUUUGGUGAACUAUAUCUUUAAGAUCAUGACGUACAGUUUAGAACUCCAGCUUGUGUAGGUGUUAAAUAUUUGUAGAUGCUACAUACAUACAAAUAAUAAACUGUCCAAUUCAUAAAUACUUUUACUCAGUGGAUUGUAACAAUCAUCUUGUUGGAUUUAAACUGAUGAGCGUUGUAUCUAUAAAUAACACAGAUAAAAAUGUCAUAAGUCUCUAAUGAAUAAACUGAACUACAAAAAUAAAAUUCCAUGAUAUUUCUCAA